AUAGGACACACAGAGGGACAGUGCAUUACAGAUAUGCAUUUUUAGCAAAUGCAUUCACACCACAUGAACACGCAAAAACGUUUGCAAUUCGCAAGCAUCGACAUCUUUUCACACCAAACUUCAAUCAAAAUCCAAUUAUUUGCAUGGACAUUGCUACUUUAAAUAAACACUUCACUCUUCUUGUCUUUCCAUCUUCCUUUUACAUAUAUACGAUAGGAAGGAAUAUCUUGGUUUGGUAGUGACAUUACAAUAAAAAAACAUGGACAAGGAACUUCAACUUUGUUCUGUUGACGAUGAUGAAAUGGUUUCUCAACAACCUCAAAGACGCAAGGGUGGUCUUAUCACCAUGCCUUUCAUCAUUGCUAAUGAGGCACUUGCAAGGAUGGCAAGUUUGGGACUAUUGCCCAAUAUGAUAUUGUAUUUCAUGGGAAGUUACAGGCUUCAUCUUGCCAAAGCUACUCAGAUUCUUCUCUUAUCCUCUGCAGCUAGCAAUUUCACACCUGUGGUUGGUGCUUUUAUUGCAGAUUCUUAUCUCGGUCGGUUCCUCGGUGUUGGAUUAGGUUCAUUUGUCAGCUUCCUGGGAAUGGGAAUGUUGUGGUUAACAGCCAUGAUCCCAGCGGCACGGCCGCCUCCGUGCAACAAUCCAACAAAAGGCUGUAAAUCAGCAACAACAGGUCAAAUGGCAAUGUUACUCUCCGCCUUUGGUCUCAUGUCAAUAGGAAAUGGUGGUCUUUCAUGUUCCAUAGCAUUUGGUGCAGACCAAGUGAAUAGAAAAGAUAAUCCCAAUAAUCAUAGGGUUUUGGAAAUAUUCUUCAGUUGGUAUUAUGCUUUCACAACUAUUUCUAUCAUACUAGCUCUCACUGUAAUUGUAUAUAUCCAAGAGCAUCUUGGUUGGAAAAUUGGUUUUGGUGUUCCAGCAGCACUCAUGCUUUUAUCUACUAUCUGUUUCUUUCUUGCUUCUCCUCUUUAUGUCAAGAUCACAAAAAGAACCAGCUUGAUUACUGGUUUUGCACAAGUCACUACUGCUGCUUAUAAGAACAGAAAACUUCAAUUACCACCUAAGAACUCACCUCAAUUUUACCAUCACAAAAAGGACUCAGAUCUUGAUCUUGUUAUUCCAACUGAUAAACUAAGGUUUCUGAACAAAGCUUGUGUUAUUAAGGAUCAUGAAAAAGAUAUAGCCUCAGAUGGUUCAGCAAUAAAUCCUUGGAGACUCUGCACAGUAGAUCAAGUAGAAGAACUAAAAGCCCUUGUUAGAGUUAUUCCAUUAUGGUCUACAGGGAUCAUGAUGUCUCUUAACAUUGGUGGAUCAUUUGGAUUGCUGCAAGCUAAAUCCUUAGACAGACAUAUCACCUCAAACUUUGAAGUACCAGCAGGAUCUUUUAGUGUUAUCAUGGUAGGUUCAAUAUUUAUAUGGAUAGUACUCUACGACCGUGUUCUUAUUCCUCUAGCAUCAAAGCUAAGAGGGAAACCAGUUAGGAUCAGUCCAAAGAUAAGAAUGGGAAUUGGGUUGUUUUUAAAUUUUCUCCACUUGGUAACUGCAGCUGCUUUUGAGAGUAUAAGGAGAAAAAAAGCAAUUCAGGCAGGAUUUUUGAAUGAUACUCAUGGCGUGUUGAAAAUGUCUGCAUUGUGGCUUGCACCUCAACUUUGUUUGGGUGGUAUAAGCGAAGCAUUCAAUGCUAUUGGCCAAAAUGAAUUCUAUUACAAAGAGUUUCCGAGGACUAUGUCUAGUAUUUCUGCUUCCCUUUGUGGAUUGGGAAUGGCUGCAGGAAACUUGGUAUCUUCUUUUGUAUUCAACACUAUAGAAAACGUUACUUCGAGAGGAGGAAAAGAAGGGUGGAUUUCUGAUAAUAUUAACAAGGGUCGUUACGACAAGUACUAUAUGGUUAUAGCUGGAGUUAGUGCUCUUAAUUUGCUGUAUUUUUUAGUUUGCAGUUGGGCUUAUGGACCUACAGUUGAUCAAGUAUCUAAGGUGAGCGACGAAAAUGAUUCCAAGGAGAAAGAUUCAACUGAAUUCAAGAAGGUGAAUCCACUAUUUGAUGAAACUAGUUCAAAUGGGAAAGAGUUAACAGAAAUCAAGAAUGGUGGUCAGGCUGAGAAAGUAUUCAAGAUUAGUGAAGAAAAUGGAUCAAAGGAGGAAGAGUUAACCAAGGAUUAAUGAGGUUAAUUCAGAUAGAGAUGUUGAAGUGGCAAAAAUGUAUGGUUAGUAUAUAUGUUGAACUCUAGUCAGCUUGUUAGAUUAUAGAGCAAAAGUCCUGAAUAGGAAAUGAUCAUGAUUCACACUCAAAUUGGAUAGUCAUAUAUUCCUUUAUCCUGUUUGUUUUGAUAAGUAUUAGUCACAGAUAUGGGUAGGCAAUAUAUAUUUAAAAUUUGCUUAUGUAUACCCUUUUUGAUAGAGAAAUAUUAUUUAAACAACCAAAACUUGCCAACUUAUUUGACAAUCGAA